AUGGUAGCCAGCUUCGAAAGACAUUUAAAAAAGAAAAACUAUGGUUUAAGUAUCAUGAAAGAUCUACAGUUUGAACAGACUCGAAAAGCUUUGGUUUCAAAACAAAAGGAUUUAAAACGACAGGGGAAAGGAAAUAAACCGAAUGCUUCAUCUGCUCUCAGCGAAGACGACACAGCUGUUUUGUAUGAAAAAGACUUGCUGGGCACAUCCAGUCCCGAUGCUUUACUGAACACUCUUUGGUUCAACAAUACAAUACACUUUGGAUUACGUGGCUGUAAAGAGCAUCGCGAUAUGACUUGGGGCGACGUGAAAUUACAUAAAACGGUCUCUGGCGAGGAAUAUUUGAAAUACAACGAAAGGCAAACGAAAACACGCUCGGGGGAAAACACCAGAGAUGUGCGAAAAGUAACUCCAAAAAUGUUUUCCGUACCAGGAAAUAAAAGAGAUCCUAUUGCUGCGUACAAACUUUUUGCGGAAAAACAUCCGGCAGAAAUCAACAGCGACGAUAGCCCAUUUUAUCUUGCUGUAAACAAUUUAAAGAAACCUGAAUCCGUUUCAUGUAAAGCUUGGUUCAAAAAAGCCCCCGCCGGGGUUAAUAAACUAAAUUCGAUAAUGAAGAACAUGGCUGCGAAAGCUGGACUUACUACCAAAUUUACCAACCACAGCGGAAGGAAAACAAUGAUGCAGGCCUUGGUAAACCAAAACUUUCCACCAACAGACAUUAUUCAACUGUCGGGCCACAAGAACCUGCAGAGUGUUACUCAUUAUUCCACUGUCAACGAGUCACAGCAAAUGGAAAUGUCGAGAACUCUCAGUUCAGUUGCCACUGGAAAGCUGAGUCAUUUGUCUAACUUGACCACUGGAAACUCAGGGGUUGAAGUUCACUCGUCGACGAACAGACAGAAAACGACAAGCGAACACAAUGUCAAUGUCCAAGAACAUGCUAUGCCGGCGCUGUUUUCGAACGCAACGAUAAGUGGAGGGAGUAUAAAUAUAUCAAUAAAUACUCUCAAGCAGUCUCCAACACUAUCUAUAACAAAUGUGGAUAGCCCACCAAAAACAUACAAACGUUUAAAACUUCUGAGCGAUUCUGAGUCAGAUUGA